AUGUACAUUGCCCGACUGCACCAGUCGGUCCUCGACGCAACGCCCGACGAAGCGUCGGCGGAAGCGCUCAAUAAGCCUCGACGCCGCCGCACCGUUCCGAUCGCUGCCAAGCUCGUGGUUCUAGUCUCAAUCGACGUCGAAGAGCGCAGCGCCGACGGCAUCUACGAACCCGUGACGGUCAAAGAAGACGGGACGCUGCGGCUCAAGCAAGGCCAGGCGCGUCGCAUCGUCGUCCGGGCCGUGCAAGCCGACCACCAGCACUUUUGCCUCCUUGGCAUCCCCCACGUUCGCAUCUGCAGCGAGCGCACGCGGACCAAAGCGCCGCGCACAGAGUACGCUGCGGCGUCUGCUCUCGGCUCGGCCACGCUCGGCGGCUUCUUUCACAAAUACGGGGCCGAGGAUGCGAGCAUGUCUCCUGGCGCCAUGGACGACGCCAGCCAAUGGCAAGCACUCGACUUUCGCAGCCCGUCGCAGAUUGAUCCCGAGGCACGCACUGUGUCGUGUGUCAUGAAGUGGGACGCGAACGUCGCCGAGCGUCACUGCCACCGUGGCGAGCGGCGUAUCUUCCGCGUCGCCGUCGCGCUCGAGACGCAGAUCUCGGAGGCGCCGGUGAUUGUCGCCAAGAGCGUCACGACCAAAGUCUGUGCAUCGGCGACGUCACUCAAGCAGCUCCAGCGUCAGAUGCAGACGGCGUGGUGGGCCCGCGAAAGCUUUAGCCGAUCGCACCGCCUCGGCAAGUGGUUUGCCAUUGAAGUUGUCAAGCCUGUCGCAUCCCCGCGCGACGACGCGCCGGCCGCCAAAGCGCUUCUCGCCGAGCGCCUCUUGGACCAUUAUGGCAAAGGCAUGCAAAAGCUUGAUGUCGCAUUCGAUCUGGAGCGGUUCCGCCAGCAGUUUCUCGCCGAGACUGAGUCCUUGACCAUGUCCGAGGUCGACGAAAAGCCAGCCCACGUGUGUGCGACCAAGUCCACAUCGACCCAUGUGGUUCAACAGAUUCACGGCGAGCUCUUUGUCGAGCGCCGCAACACGCCUGGUAUCCUCGUGCACUUGACAUCGGGCACGCUCGUCGACACGACUGAGGCGACGGCGUACAGCCCCAACGUUGCGCACGUGGUGACGCAGACGUAAAGCAUUUGUAUGGUGCAUCCAUAAUACUAGUAUACUUUUAAAGACAUCUUCGGUAGCUCC